AUGUUGUCAAUGGUCUGCGAUAAACGCCCGUCCACGUAUGCUGAAGUGAAUUUUUAUGGACAUUUUCGAGAUCUGUCGGUAUUUUCGAAACGGAAAUACCGAACGAAAACCGUCUCAGAUAGUGGUCUGAACGUCAUCUACACGAACAACUUCAAUCAAGAAGAAUUCAAAUACGAGAAGAUUAUAUUCCCGGCAAUGGCAUCGAUUCGAUUGGCAGUCUUCGAAGACGGUGGUCGACUGAUUGGACAGCGUUUCUUGCAAGUGCGGUCCAUUCAACCUGGCUUUCGUCACGUACUGCUCAGGAAUGCGUCGAAUCGCUGCAUCGGACCGGUCACGCUUUUCGUGCUUUUUCGUGUGCACGAUUACGUGGAUGAGAAGAGCAAAAAUUUGGUUGAAGCGCUGCAGAAUCCGAUAGCAGCGAUGAAGAAAGAGCAAGGUGUCAAUUGUCAUUGA